GAGAAAGCUCUCACACACCCUUCACUCAAACAGCAUUUCCCCACCUCUCUUUUUCUCUACCUCGUCCACUUUUGUGUGCUGAAACGAGGGCAGAGACGAUUUUUACAGACAAAUCAGCAGAGGACAUUUAGUUCCACAGAAUAACUCUUUUCUUUCAGCCCGAGCUCUUUGGAAACGUGUUUUAUCUGGGUAAACAGAAGAGCUGUGUGGCCACAGGAAUUCCAGGUCACAAGGAUUCCUCUGGCAAGGAUGACUUCACCUGUGACAGAUUCAUUUCCUCUUCAGGAAUGAGACCUGUGGCAUUGACUUUAAGAGGAACCGAAGACGGUAACAGAGACUUUUGCCUUUUUAGACCAUUGGGAGAGCAUAGAGUUCUUUUUGGACAUUAUGGGGCUGUUUUCAAUGGAUCAGAGUGCCCUUCUGGUGGUGGCCGCUCUUUUUGAGAUGUACCACUUUGCUGAAGGGGGAUGCACAGGACGGUGCUGUCAAGGCACAGAUUUCACCUGUUUCACUACAGACUGGAGGAUGGACCGUGUCUAUGGGAUGUGUUAUUGUGAUGAGAGGUGUGUAAAGACUAAAGACUGUUGCUUUGACUACCCAACGGAGUGCCCAGCCCAGCCGUGUGUAGUGAGUGAGUGGAGUCACUGGAGCGGGUGCGCACAGCCCUGCCAGCCCUCAUUCCGGGUCCGGAGACGCAGUGUUGAGAGACUGCCCCAAAACAGCGGACAGGCCUGUCCAAGGCUGGAGGAACAGGCCGGAUGCAUGGAGUAUCAGGAUCGCCAGGGCCAGUUUUGUGCUCAUACGCAAGGAGCAGCAUUUAUCACCACAAUAGAGUUCAGCAAAGGCAGAACACAUGAUUUGUAUGGGGCCCAAGUGGAUGCUGGUUUCUGUAUGGAGUUCAAGAUGGAGUCUCUGACACCGCAGUGUACGGUGGAGAACAGACCCAAUACACGCUGGAUGCAGUACUUGAGGGAGGGCUACACUGUCUGUGUGGCUUGCCAACCUCCAGCAAUGAGCAACCACAGUCGGGGCUGUCAAGGAGACGGUAACCAAGCUGAGAGGGAUGAGCUUCUACACUGGCAGGCGGUGGGAAGUCCUCGCUGCAGAGGAACAUGGAGGAAAGUACAGAAACUACAGUACUGCUCCUGCCCACAAGUGCACAGCUUCAUUUUCAUUUAAACGGUCUAUAAAUAAAGAUGCUUCUUCAAACUCCUUGUUAAAAUCCACAAAUGAGCAAAAUGUUCUAUUACACAUAU